UGAGCCCCCUCUUCCUCCUCGGAGUUCUUCAGCCCCGCCCCCUUAGACCCUUUACCCAAUUCCUGAGCUCUCCCGUCCUUCACGGGAUACUAUAGGCCACACCCCCUGGGCCCCCUUGUCCUCGGGGUAUCGUACAUCUCUUUCCCUGAGCCCCCUGCCCAAUCCCUGAGCUUCCUUGCCCCUCCAGCUCAGAGCCCCCAGACUCUUGUCCAAGUCCCUCGGGCCCCUCCCCCAUAGCCAAGGAGAGGAGAGCCCUGCCCUCAGCCCCUUCUCCCCCAGCAGUCUCCGGAGCCUGAGCCGAAGGCAGUCCCGUAGGCGACAGACAUGGGAGUCCCGACGAGCCCCGAGAAUGGGAGCCAGGAGCGGUCCGAACGUCCUGAGGGCCAAGCCGAAGUCGUGGAGACCCGCGAGCAAGAAGUCUCCGAGGCCCCCAGCGCAGCCUCCAGGGAAGAGGAGGAUGAAGAGGGGAGCAGUACCGAGAGCGGUCGGGACCAGGGCGAAGCCCACUCCACGCCACCCCCUGUAGAGGGGCCACGAGGCGCAGCCCGGCGUCUAAGAGGGCAGCAAUUGGAGGCGCUGACUCGGGUGGCCCUGAUGGAGCAGCGGGUCAAGGAGCUCCAGCAGCAAAGGAAGGAGCUGAGGAUCGAGAUGGAGGUAGAGGUGGCUUUGCUUCGAGGGGAGCUGGCUGGUGAGCGAGUGGCUGCCCGGAGGGAAGAGGAGCAGCUGCGGGAGCUUCAGAGACAGCAGGAGGCAGCUGAGCAGAAGGCGGGGGAGCAGAGGAAACAGGAGCAGCAGCGUCUAAGGGAGGCCCGGGCCCGGGUGGAGGCCCUUCGGCUGAAGCUAGAGGAGGCUCAGGACAAACUGGACUCAAAGCCUGAGGGUGACAGGGAGGAGCUGAUGAAGGGGGUCCAGGAGGUGUCUGAGCAGUUGGAUGCUGCCCAGCGUUCCUAUGAGGAUCUGGAAUUCCAGCAGCUGGAGAAGGAAAGUAGCUGUGAAGAAGAAGUGGACGGGCCAGGGCACCAGGGGCUGGGCCCCAAGAUCCGAGAGCUGCAGGGGAGCCUGGCCCAGCACAGGCGUCGAAUCCAGGUCUUAGAGGAACAACUGGGAUCGCUUGGGGAACAGAUGGCAGCUGAAAGCCGUGGCCUGAGCCGAAAGAAAGAAGAGGCAUUGCAGGCCUUAAGCCAGGAGCGGAACCGGCUUCUGGAACUCAGCCACCUGCAGGGAACCCAAAGUGGAGACGGCAGUUUCUCUGAGCAGAGCCAGGCCUUAACCAAGCUGCUGAUCACCCAGAAGACAGAUCGCCAGCUCCUGGUCCUACAGGAUUCCUUGGCCCCAGCAUCAACGGCCGCCUCCUCCUGCCUCUUCUCUGUGCACAGCUCCCUCCAGGGCUCCUUUGGGCUCCAGAGGACCGGUAGUUUGCCUCGGAGAAAGGGAGACCGGGCCCGACAGAGGGGAUCUACAAGACCCCUGUCCCUGCACUGCAGCCGGCCCCUGGAGGCCUCUGCCCUGCAGCCCCCUCCAGGGGACCCCCAGAGACACCCUCUGUACCAGCUGCUGAACUGUAGCCCUGGAGCCAGUUAUGGAGUGCCCCAUCCCGAUAUCAUCCGAAUGGAGAAGCUGCUACAGCAGGCUGUGGCAGAACGAGAGAGGCUGAUCCAGGCCCGGGAGGGGACUAAGAGGACCAAGGAGGAAUCACCCGGAUCCUGUCCAUGUCUCCCCCUCAUUCAGGCCCCACCACCACCCCUGCCCCCACCACCGCCACCCCGCCCUCCAGGCCCCCGGGUUCUAGACUUGCACCAACACCUGGAACGCUGGGGCCACAGCCCCGAAAGCUGCCCUCAUGUUCGAGUGACCAGUGGCUGCUGUCGGGGGCCACUGGUGAAGGUGGGGGGCCGGAUCAAGACCUGGAGAAAGCGAUGGUUCUGCUUUGACCGCCAUGCCCGCCGGCUCGCCUACUAUGCUGACAAAGAGGAGACCAAACUCAAGGGAGUCAUCUACUUCCAAGCCAUAGAAGAGGUAUACUAUGACCACCUUCGAUGUGCCUUCAAGAGCCCCAGUCCCCGCUUGACGUUCUGCGUCAAGACCUACGAACGCCUCUUCUACAUGGUGGCCCCCAGCCCAGAGGCCAUGCGAAUCUGGAUGGACGUCAUCGUGACUGCUGCAGAUGAGAACCACGCCCCCUGAUCCAGGCCCUCAACUGCCCCCAAAUCCCCACCCUUUCGGAACUUGCCCUUACAGCGCCCCUUCCACUGCCUAGUAUUGACAUGGCCCAGGCCUUCUUAACCUCUCUGUGCCUCACUGUCCCCAUCUGUAAAACGACGGUUUGACGAGCCGAUUUCUGAGGUCCCUUCCAGCUCAAUCCCACGAUCCAGAUGCUAUGAAUUUACCCCUAUCGAGGCUCCAUCCACUGCCCAGUGUUUAAAGCCGGGGCAUUCUAGCCCUGGUAACUUUCAGGAGGAGGCCCCGCCUUCUGCCAAACGUUCGUACCCCCAGUGUUCUGUUGCUUGUAACUUUCCCGGGAAGGCCCCGCCCCAUGCCGAACGUUCGUACCCCCAGUGUUCUAUUGCUUGUAACUUUCUAACUUUCCCGGAGAAGGCCCCGCCCCCUGCCGAACAUUCCCACCCCCGGCGCUCUCUCUCUUCCGAACUUUUUCCCGACCCAGGAAGCCCAAUCCCCUGGGAACGGUCGCUUCCUCCUGGUGCGCUUCCUCUGUUCGGCAGGUUCGAGCUCGGUUUUCCACGUGCCCCCGGAGGAGGCAGCUGCCGGCCUCACCUCGCCGGCUCUCGGGUCAUUGGGGCGCGCGGGGGCGGGGAAGGGAGGUUUAUUUAUUGACGUACAUGUGGGGUUAAAUUAAAUACCGAGGAAAAACAA